UCGCCUAUGUGCCUUUUAUGCAACAAAGUUUUGGGCAAUGACGCUAUGAAACCAUCUAAGUUGCAAGAUCAUCUGAAAAGAUGCCACCCUGAUAAAACAGAGAAAGAUUUGAAAUACUUUCAAACACUCAAAGAUAAAUUUCAGAAGAGACCUACACUGGACAGAAUAUUCGCUUCGACGUCACAAAGAAAUGAUGAUGGUUUGCGGGCGUCUUACAAUAUCUCGUUACUUAUAGCAAAAUCCGGAAAACCGCAUACUAUCGUAGAGAAGUUAAUUUUGCCAGCCGUUGAAGAAGUUUUAAAAACUGUUUUACACAAACCUGCAUCUGAUAUCAUUAAAAGAAUUCCUUAA